GUUAAAUUGUGUGGCGUUUCUAGGGCAACCGCAGUGUUGUGGGAGCCGAAGACUGUUGCAAUUGUGUUUUUGGCCACCAAGUUUGCUGGUCUGGUUUUUUGUAACCUCUAACGAGAUAAACUCAAAAUGUGUUAUUUAUUAAAGAGCAUCAGUUUUGUAUAAAUUACUGGCAAGCCAGUUUACAGCAGGUCAGUAGAAAACAACAAUUCCUUUAUUUGUUUUCCAGCCUGUUUUCAGCGACGUUUGAGGGAUUUGUACAUGCAGCGGACACAGCAGCCAUGGCUGGGUCUGCUCUCAGAAACUGGUGGAAUUCCGCCCGGUCGGUCGAAUCGAACUCUUCUUACUCCAGCACUGAAGAAGACGAAGGGAGACUAUUAGACAGACGACAGUUAUCUGCCAAACUUCAUCGAAGUAUGCGCACCAAGCAGCUGCUGGUAGAUUUUGAUGGAAGCAGACCUGUCUUUAGUCUGCGGGCACCACGGGACCUGGUUAACCUUCCAUUGAUCUCACGCCCUCACUGGCCCAUCGAGCGAGAAGUCAUCAGUGACAUCAUCCAUCACAUCGAGUGGGAUCCUCCAGAGCCCGAGCCUUUUUAUCAGCCCACAGGACAAGAGAGAACUCCGAUGCCUGUGGGUGAGGACAGAGGGAAGGUGGUAUUCCUCGCCGACCAUGCCACCAAGCAGCCAUAUUUCACCUGCUCUCGUAGUGGAGGCACCAGGGGGCCCAUUAGAAGUGCUACUUGUGACAUCAGAGAUUUCACCCUUCAUUUCGAGUCACGCUUUGAGAGUGGGAACCUUCAUAAAGUUGUGCAAGUAGGUGCCUAUGAUUAUGAGCUCACCCUGCGCACAGACAUGUACACGAACAAGCACACGCAGUGGUUCUACUUCAGAGUGGGAAACAUGAAGACAGGAGUCACCUAUCGCUUUACUAUUGUCAACCUAAUGAAGAGCAGCAGCUUGUAUUCCCUGGGGAUGAAACCUCUGCUCUACUCAGAAAAAUCCGCCGUAGAGAAAGGUGUUGGAUGGAAACGUGUGGGCUCUGACAUCAGCUACUACCGUAACUGCAGUCCUAAUGCGAUGGAGAACAACAGCAGCGACUCUGUCACUCUGUACUCACUGACGUGGACGCUUCAGUUCCCUCAUGACUCAGACACUUGCUACCUGGCCCACUGCUACCCCUACACCUAUUCUCACCUGCAACACUACCUUAGAUGCGUUUUCUCCAACCCAAAAGUUGCGUCCUACUGUUCACUACGGGUGUUGUGCCACAGCAUGGCUGGGAACACGGUGUAUGUGCUGACUAUUACAAACCGGGGCAGUAAGGGCCCAGGAGGAAGGACCAAAAAAGCUGUGGUGGUGACAGCUCGGGUUCAUCCUGGUGAAACCAAUUCAUCAUGGAUGAUGGAGGGGUUGUUGGAUUUCCUGCUAGGGGACUCAGAUGAUGCUCAGCUGCUAAGGGACAUCUUUGUUUUUAAGGUGGUGCCAAUGCUAAACCCUGACGGUGUGGUUGUAGGAAAUUACCGCUGCUCUCUGGUAGGCAGAGACCUCAACAGAAAUUACAAGACAACACUCAGGGAUUCUUUUCCCUGCGUGUGGCACACAAGGAAUAUGGUGAAAAGGUUGAUGGCUGAGAUGGAUGUAGUUCUUUACUGUGAUUUCCACGGACACAAUCGCAAAAACAACGUCUUCAUGUACGGCUGUAGCAACAAAAGUGAUGCUGCGUCUCUGAAGCUCCAGGAAAAGGUUUUUCCACUGAUGAUGAGCAAGAACAUGAAUAACAAGUUCUCCUUCAGGAGCUGUAAGUUCAGGGUUCAGAAGAGCAAAGAGGGAACUGGACGAGUGGCCAUGUGGAGACUUGGCAUCAGGAACUGUUACACUAUGGAGGCCACCUUUGGAGGCUCCACUCUUGGUGACAGGAGAGGAACGCACUUCACCACUGGAGACCUGAAGUCUCUGGGCUUUUACUUUUGUGACACCCUGUUGGAUUACUGCGACCCUGAUCAAACAAAAACUAUCUGCUGUUUGGCAGAGCUCACAGCAAUGUUGAGAAAGGAGGUAAAAGAGAGACUUGGUAAAGAAUUCAGCCCUGACUGUGACAUCUCCAUGUCAGACAUAGAAACCAGCACAAGUGGUUCAAACAGCUCUGAUUCAGAUGGACUCCCACUCCAUUUACUGCCCCCACACACGGUCCAUCCACAGCAAACUCCAGUGAAGAAGCAAAAGAAAAGCUUGAAGAGUUAUAAAGACAGAAACAGAAUGAGGCAAGAAAGAGUGAAAAACAGCACAGAGACCACAGUCCCACGAGGCAGCACAAAAAAUGAUCCCCGUCUGACACAUGAGAUGACAGUUAAGAUGAACAGUCCUGAAAAACCAGACGAAAGGCACAGAAGGAAAUGGCAGAAAAAUGAUGUCACCAAUAACGCUGUGAUCACUCCUCCAAACAAUCAUGCUGACAAAGUAACACAGAUGUCGAUGUGGCACUGCUGCCAGCCUGCAGAGGAAGAGUGUCAAGACACAGUGCCUCCAUACUCACACCACCACACAGAUAACCUGAGGAUGGAGACAAGUCAUUGGCGAUGCUCCUCUCAGCUGCUGACCCUCAGGGCUCUCAUGCUGCCCACACAGAGCAUCAUGUACCCAAGUCAUCACCAUUAUCACUACCUCCGACCAUCACACAUCACCUAUAAAGUCUUGAGAGGGAUGAUUCCUUCCAUUUCCACUGCCCACAGGUCUCCCUCAUCCCUUUGUGUCAGGAGGGCACCAGAUAAAUCCCCAUCAAAGCACCUGCUGUCGAGCCACAUCAGUAACAAGUCUGACAGCCAGUACGUUUACAGAGACAGAAGUUCCUUACGGACUGCAGAAUACUACAUUAUACCGCAGGACUUCUCUAGAGCACACACAGAUAUGAAGGAAGAUGAUGCUCUGAAAGUGGGAUUGUCUGUGUUGGAAUGUAGACCAUUUGGAGAGCAGAGAAAUAGCUCCCCCAGUGUCUCUGUAAGAAAACCUCGCUCAUACAGUAGUUUAAUUGUGCCCAUGUUGAAAGGCUCAGAUCAAGAAAGAAUGAGACUGUGUAAAGAGACCUCUUCAGUGCCAAAGCCUUUGUACCAUAUAAAAACAACAUUUCCACAUUCACACACCUCCAGUAGACUUCAGAGGUCUCCAGACAACGCUGAAACAGGAUGUCCAAAAACAGAUGGACCAGUGACUGCAGUCAAGAACAGUAGAAAGUCACAAUCUGCACCACUUUAGGACAACCACGUGAACUGUGAACUUCAAACUAGAAUUUUUUUUUUUUAACUGGUGUUUUCUUUGGCUAAUUAUAUGAACCUCAAUGCACUGGCAUUUGAACUACUUAUUAUAUAUUUAUAUAUAUAUAACUACAACAUACAUAUUGUACUGUGGUAGAUGUAUCAGUUAUAUUAAAUAGUGGAAAAUUAAUUAAAAUUAUUUUCUUUUUAAUUUAAAAUUUACAAAAUUUCAAAUGCAUUUUACAUGGUCAUGAUGGAUUAAUCCAGUACUAAUCCAGUACAAUAGUGUGGCGGCCCCCCCUGAGGUUCGAGCAAGGCUUGAGGAGCUUGCAAUGGAAUAUGGCACGCUGGACAUAAGUGUACUACUGCUGUAAUGCUUGAAUGAUAACAAGCCUCCAGUCACUAGGUGGCAGCAACUCAUACAGUUGUUUGUACAGAUAAAAAUAUACAUGUUAUCAGGUUAUUAAUAGUAUUUCAAUUUGCGAAACAUUUCUGUCCACAAGGGGGGGCAUGACGGAAAAUAAUUGAGAACGUCUGGAUUAAUAAUAAUGGAGUACAUUACAUGCAUGGUGUAAAUAAGGCUUUUUUUUUUCAAAUGUAA